AUGGAGAGCAAAACAAUCUUCUUAGUUCUAACCCUAUUUUUAUGCAGCAUCACAAUUCCAGUGAAUUCUGAAUACCAUUCUGAGGGAACCCUAAAAAGUCUUCAUCUAAAAGAGAAAGUAACACAUCUUCAUUUCUACCUCUUUGACAUCCUUAGUGGAAACAAACCCACUGCAGUACAAAUUGCACAACCAGACACCACCGUUGGACCAAAAUCAGCAACACCAUUUGGCCAUGUGUAUGCAAUUGAUGAUCCUUUAAGAGAGGGACCAAAUAAAAGUUCUAAAGUGAUUGGAAAUGCACAAGGUCUUUAUUUAUCUUCGAGUCAAAGUGAAAAUCUUUCACUUGUUUUGUACGCUGAUUUUGGUUUCACCACAGGGAAAUUCAAAGGGAGUUCAAUUAGUGUGUUUUCGAGGAAUCCUAUUACUGAAACAAAUCGUGAAUUGGCUGUUGUUGGUGGAAGAGAUAAAUUUAGAUUUGCUAGAGGAUUUGUUCAAGUUAAGACUCAUUCUCUUAAUUACAAAAAUGGUGAUGCCAUUCUUGAGUAUCAUGUUACUCUUCUUCACUACUAG